AUGACAGCGCAAGAGCAAGCCCCCGUGCCCAUCUCCAUCACCAUCUGCGGCGAUGGAGGCUGCGGCAAGUCGUCCAUCACGCUGCGCCUCGUCCGCUCGGCAUGGACGUCCGACUACGACCCGACCAUCGAGGACAACUACAGCGUCACGCGCGUCAUCGACGGCGUCACCUACCACCUGUGCCUCACAGACACCGCCGGCCAGGAGGAGUACCGUGGCAUGUGGGCGUCGUCCAACCUCGGCGCCGACGCCUUCCUCAUGGUCUACGACAUCACCUCGCGUGACUCGCUCGACGCCCUGCAGCACUUUGAUGAGCUCAUCAGCAUGGAGUCCGAGGUGCGCCUCGACAACGCUGACCGCGCGCGCAUCGCCGGCAUCAGCCCAGCCUACACCGGCUCCGGCGCCGGCUCCAGGACCGUCCAGCCCGUCAAGAUUGUGGCCGGCAACAAGUGCGACCUGCAGGACAAGAGGACGGUGCCCGCGGCCACGGGGCUCGAGUGGUCGCGCUCUCGCGGCUGCGGCUUCAUGGAAACGAGCGCCCGCCUCGAGGUCAACAUUGAGGAGACGUUUGCGCUCAUUGUGAAGCGCGUGGUCGAGGCCCGGAAGCUUGCCGAGGAGGGCGGCGACGGCGCCGAUAUGAGCGCGCGGGGCAUGACGAAGCCGUUGACGCCUUUGCCUGGCUCGGGGGGUGAUGGCGAUGAGAAGCGCGGUCCUGGGGUUCGGGGCCCCAUAUUGAAUGGGGACAAGGUCGGGCGUGGGCAAGGUGGCUUUUGGAAGAAGCUGCGGUGCUGGUGA